GGCAGCGGCCGUGUAGGAGCUGACGGCGCUCCUGUCACGGCGGCGGGCAAGGCUCCGCGAGCGGCCAUAACUGAGGUGGCUGAGGCCCCGUCUGUCUUUUCGCGGUUUAAUUAAGCCGUGCCCCAAUUGGGGCCGGUCUUUGGAGCCGUACGGCGUUUUCCGUACAACUUCCUUUCUCCCUUUCCGCCAUCACGCCCUCAGCCUACUGGUUUAUUCCCCGCCCAUCCCUAUUUCCGCGGCGCUGAUUGGCUGUUACCCCCAUCAAUCUCCCUGUUGCUACGCAACACCCCCAAGACGACGAAGAUGGAGGCGGCCAUGGCGGCGCCCAUCAACGACCCCUCAGCGGCCGCGGCGCUGUCGGAGCUCACGGCGCUGCUCUCGCCGUCCUCCCCCGCCGCUGUCGAAGCAGCCGAGGCCGCCCUGGCGCUGUCGGGCAGCGCCUCAGGCCGGGCGCUGCUCGCGGCGCACCCCGCGGCCUUAUCGGCCUUGUCCGCCUUGGCCGCCUCGGCCUCGCGUGGAGCGCGCCCCGCGUUGUCCGCGCUGGUGAACGCCUCCUCCGAGCCCGCCGCGCUGGAGCCGCUCCUGGCCGCCGUGCCUUCGCUCCUGCCGCUCGUGCCCAGCUCCGCAGCGGCGUGCGGGGUGCUGGCCAACCUGAGCCGCGCGGCGGCGGCGGCGCCGCGGGUGCUGCGGGCGCUGGGCGCGGGCGCGGAGCCGGCGCUGCUGCGGGCGCUGGGCGCGGAGCGGCCGCCGGCGGAGCUCGGAGCGCUGCUCUGCAACCUCAGCCAGGCGCCCGAGGGCCGCCGGGCGCUGCUGGAGCCGCCGGGGCUGGUGCUGCGGCGGCUCCUGACCCUGCUGCGCUGCCCCGACCCCGAGCUCAGGAGGGGAGUGGUGGGGGCCCUGAGGAACUGCUGCUUCCAGCACGAGAAGCACAAGUGGCUGCUGGGCCCCGCCGUGGAGGCGCUGCCGCCGCUGCUGCUGCCGCUGGCCGGCCCCGAGGAGCUCCCCGAGGAGCAGAUGGAGCAGCUCCCCGUGGAUCUGCAGUACCUGCCCCCCGAGCACCGCAGGGAGGAGGAGCCCCAGAUCCGCAGGAUGCUGCUGGAAACCUUGAUGCUGCUGGCGGCCACGGCGCCGGGCCGGCGGCAGCUGCGGUCGCAGGGCUGCUACCUGGUGCUGCGGGAGCUGCACGGCUGGGAGAGCGACCCCGCAGCGCUGCGCGCCUGCCGCAACCUCAUCCAGGUGCUGAUUGGGGACGAGCCCGAGGCGGGCAUGGAGAACCUGCUGGAGGUGACAAUUCCCCCCGAGCUGGAGCGGCGCCUCGGGGACAUGGACAGGGACGAGGGGACAGAGACAGAGACACGGACAGGGACAGAGACACGGACAGGGGACACGUGACACCAGAAUGGGGACACGGACAGGGACAGGGACGAGGACGAGGGGACGGGGACAGGGGACACGUGACACCGGAACGGGGACACGGACAGGGACAGGGACAGGGACAGGGACAGGGACACGUGACCCCGGAAUGGGGACAGAGACACGGACAGGGGACACGUGACACUGGAAUGGGGACAGGGACACGGACAGGGGACAGGGGACAGAGACACGGACAGGGGACACGUGACACCGGAACGGGGACACGGACAGGGACAGGGACAGGGGACACUGGAAUGGGGACAUGGACAGGGACGAGGGGACAGCGACGGGGACAGGGGACACGUGACACCGGAAUGGGGACAGGGACAAGGACAGGGACAGGGACAGGGGACACGUGACACUGGAAUGGGGACAGGGACAAGGACAGGGACAGGGACAGGGGACACGUGACACUGGAAUGGGGACAGGGGACAGGGACAGGGACAGUGACAGGGACAGGGGACACGUGACACCAGAACGGCACCAAGGGGACAGCGCGGGGACAGCCACCAAGGAGCCACCACAGGACAACGUCGUGUCCCCAAGGGUCACCACGGUGACAAUGAAAUGUCCCCAAGGAGCCACCACGAGGACUAUGAAAUGUCCCCAAGGAACCACCACAGGACAAUGAUGUGUCCCCAAGGGUCACCACGGUGACAGCGAGAUGUCCCCAAAGAGCCACCACGAGGACAAUGAUGUGUCCCCAAGGGUCACCACGGUGACAGUGUGGUGUCCCCAAGGAACCAUCACAGGACACUGUGUCCCCAAGGGUCACCGUGGUGACAGUGAGAUGUCCCCAAGGAGCCACCACGAGGACAAUGAUGUGUCCCCAAGGGUCACCGUGGUGACAGUGAGAUGUCCCCAAGGAGCCACCACGAGGACAAUGAUGUGUCCCCAAGGGUCACCACGGUGACAGUGAGGUGUCCCCAAGGAACUAUCACAGGACACUGUGUCCCCAAGGGUCACCACGGUGACAGAGAGAUGUCCCCAAGGAGCCACCACGAGGACAAUGAUGUGUCCCCAAGGGUCACCACGGUGACAGUGAGGUGUCCCCAAGGAACUAUCACAGGACAGUGUGUCCCCAAGGGUCACCACGGUGACAGAGAGAUGUCCCCAAGGAGCCACCACGAGGACAAUGAUGUGUCCCCAAAGGUCACCGCAGUGACACUGUGGUGUCCCCAAGGAACUAUCACAGGACACUGUGUCCCCAAGGGUCACCACGGUGACAGUGAGAUGUCCCCAAGGGGCCAUUAAAGGACCCCAAAGGUCACUGUGGUGACAGUGCAAUGUCCCCAAGGAGCCACCACAGGACAACGUUGUGUCCCCAGAGAUCACCACGGUGACAAUGAAAUGUCCCCAAGGGUCACUGUGGUGGCAGUGUGUCCCCAAGGGUCACCACGGUGACAGUGAUGUCCCCAAGGGGCCAUUUAAGGACAACGUGUCCCCAAGGGUCACCGUGGUGACAAUGUGGUGUCCCCAAGGGUCACCAUGGUGACAGAGAGAUGUCCCCAAGGGGCCAUCAACGUGGUAUGGUGUCCCCAAGGGUCACCACAGUGACAAUGAUGUGUCCCCAAGGAGCCCUGGUGAUGGCAGCGUGUCCCCAGGGGUCACCACGGUGACAACGAAAUGUCCCCAAGGGUCACCGCAGUGACGGUGACGUGAUGCCAAGGAGCCAUUAAAGGACAAUGUGUCCCCAGGGUCACGGUGACAGUGCCGUGGGUGUCCCCAGGGUCACCAUGGUGACAGUGAAGUGUCCCCAGGGUCACGGUGACAGUGCCGUGGGUGUCCCCAGGGGUCACCAUGGUGACAGUCCCCUCCUCCUGCAGCAAAUAAAGGGUUAAAUUUGACCCCAAA